CUUUUAUCGCUUGACAUCAAACCAUCAUGGCCAGCGCCAUCUGGAAAACCUUCUUCGGUACACGCGACAACCCUGAGGACUUGCUCGAACCCGCCAGCCUCUCUGAGGACGCCUGUGGCAGUCUCGUUCACAGCCUUGUUCGUCUCGGCUACCUAGCCAAUAUCUCGCUUUCACUCGAUGGAAAGUCAUUCAUCACCCAUGAACAGCUCAUCCAGGACAUCCUGAUCCAGCUGAAGAAGCGUCAUGGUCGCGUCAGUUUGUUGGACAUGCCAAAAGUCCUGAACGCCAGCUUGUCUGAUAUCGAGGAUCGCAUUAAAGAGUUGGUUCGUGCGAAGCCCGGUACAGUCGUACUUGUCCAGGAUGAGCUUCUUCAAAUGGAGUAUCUCGACAGUAUGACUGAACAGAUGACAAAAGAGUUAGACCAGCAAGGAUAUCUGACAAUUGCAGAUCUGUGUCGAAAGCACAAGCUGGCCAUCGAUUUCAUGAGACAGUUUUUAAAAGAUCGCGUCGGAGGCGUUAUCCCAGGACAAUGGGACACUAUCGACCGCGGCGUUAUUAUCUCACCUUCAUUCUUGGAGAAAGAAAAGACAACCCUACUGAAAAUAUUAGAUGAACUGGAAGAGCCCACAAGUUUGCAGUCGCUGCGCUCGCGGCAUGUUGUUCAGGACCAACUUUUUUACGGACUGUGCGACUUACUUUCCAGGGAGGGUGGACUCCCUGGCUUAUUCAAGGGUACUAAUGAGCAGGGCGUCUUUGUGCCGAGACCCUAUGAGCAACAUCAAACUGAAUGGAUCGAGACAUUUUUCAAGAACAAUGGAUUUAUAGAAUUUGACUCGGUCAAGAAACGUGGGAUGGCGGAUCCUAAAGCGUACGUGCAAACAAACCACCCAAUAGCUCUUCUUCUGGAGACACAUGCCGUCAAAGAUAGUAUCUGGUCCAUUAUCGACGCCAGUGUUGAAGACACUAUUUCCAACUUAUCAUGGAUCGAUGUUAAGCCGCUCUUGCCCUCGCCCUUAACCAAAGACGACAUUGCAAGUUUGCUCCGACAGCUUCCCAGUCUUGCAGAACCUACCUUUCGCAUCGCUAUAUCCCCUGACCAAGACCAAUCCUUGACAGGAUAUGGUGGUGGUUCUCCGCAGGAGACCUUUAUCAUCCAAGACAGUAUUGUCAUCACCUCAGGGCAACUGCAGAAAUGUCUCUUGAAAAUGGGUCCCCUUUUGGACCGCAGUCUCAAAAACAUGGUCUCCUGGCGAUUAUCUUUUGGCACAAACGAGCAAUUGGAAGGCCAAGAUCCGGACAAUGAAAACAGGGUCAGCAAUUUUGGGGAGCGGGUCUCUCAUUUUAAGGGCGUAAUGGAACAUGCCUUCAAUGCACAUCCGGGCCCACAGCGGAAGAACAUCAAACAUGCAAAAGGCAGCGCUGGGAAGCAAGAUGGGACCAAGAAGCAGAUUCAGGACUUUUUGACGAUUCAGGAUGUCAGGGAAGAGAUCAAGAAACUUGAACCGGAUUUUGACCCCGUACUGGUGAGUGCUGUUUCGGGAGCAUUGUACAGAGACUUGGUGGAGAACUUGAGAGACAGGAAUCGGUCCAUGGUUCUAAAUCAGGUGCAGGAAGUCGAGAAGGAGGAAGAUGACCUCGUCAAGCACGAUGUGACCGAUACGUCUGGAGAAGGCGUGCCAAUGUUGGCAGCCAUCCGAUCUCUGUCAAAGCGCAUCGAGCUGUCGUCAACAGGCAUCGACAUUUUUGAAGAUCCAUCAGCAAAGAACUCUCUAAGCAAAUAUCUUCUGCAGUCAUGGUGUGUCGAGCUGCUGGAUCUGAUUACUCUAUACCUGUCUGACCUGGACAAGACUUCAUCUAUCAUUACGCCUUCAGAUGCCAUUGAAACGCGUGAACGAGUCAAAAAAGCUUACAACGAAUUUCAGAGCCAGAGCAAUAAUGCAUCCAGCAUACAAGGUCCGUUUGUCAUUUCCGUAGAAGAUAGGAUAGCACUGUUGAAACUGGUGCCGCAAGAUAAGGUUGAGCCCCUCGAGAAGAUGCGCAAGUUGACUGCUGGCAGCGGCAAGCAAAAGAAUUUGGCCGAAUACGUGGACAUGCUGUCCUUCCUCUUCCGGGAUGAGAAUCUCGACCUGAAGGCCACUGGUACCGGUAGCAUGGACAAUAGUCAGUGGAGGAGGGAACACGUGGAGGAACUUCGCAAUAUUUUGAUCGGAAUCCACCCUUUCGCGGACCCAGCGUUGAUGCUCCACAUCGUCACUCUUAUUGUAUUUCAAAAGUGGACCGGGCGUAUGCUUCAUGCCUCCGGGAAGCACGUCCCGCGUACCUUGAGACAACUUCGGUUGUCGGUCGAGCAACAGCGACCGCCAGUGCGAAUGAGUGCUUCAGAGCAGGAAGUUGCCAUAUUGCAGUUGAAUCUUCUGGAGGAGAUGCUGAGCUUAGUUUUAUCGAGCGUCAAGCAGCAACAACAGGAAGCAAGCGAGCAUAAAGGUGCACAGGAAGAUUCACGUCGAAGCUGGCAGGCAGUAUAUGACCUUGGAGUCAUGUUAUCCAGUUCCAUGCAAUAAAAGCAGAAGACGGUUGCCAUUGUACAU